UGAUGAUAGUCGAUAGUUAUUGAUAAUAUUUUUCUCUUUAAUUUUUAAAGGUAAUUUUUCGUUUUCUUCUGUUACAUAAAAAUGUCAAAUUUUAAAAUUCCUUGGUUACCAAUAACAUUAGCUACAGUUCCUAAUAUUGGUGGUUUUAUUGGAGGAAUUUAUGUACGCAAAAAUAUAAAAGGAUGGUAUGAGACAUUAAAUCGACCUUCAUGGAGACCUCCCAAUUACAUGUUUGCUCCAGUAUGGACUACAUUAUAUACAGGAAUGGGAUAUGCUUCAUUUAUAGUUUACCGUGAUGGUGGAGGAUUUCAGGGAGCAGCUAAAAUACCAUUAAUACUUUACUCAUCGCAGCUCUUGUUGAACUGGGCAUGGUCUCCAUUAUUCUUUCAUUUUCAUAAGCUAAAAUGGAGUCUAUUUGAAAUAUGUGCUUUAUGGGCAAAUGUAGCUGGAUGUACUGUGGCAUUUUAUCAAGUUAAUAAAGUAGCAGGCUCAUUAAUGAUACCAUAUUUAGGAUGGUUAUCACUAGCUACAGCAUUAACUUAUUAUAUUUAUAAAAACAAUCCAGAGACUCCAAAAGAACCAAUAAAAGAUUAAAUUAUCAUCAGACUGUCAUAAUAGUUAUAUUAACUUUACUGCGUUCCAAAAGAGAACAUACCGAGUGGGCGUACGGUUUACGUUCGGCGGCGCGCAUCUCCCACCUCGACGUGCUUCAUAUAAUAUAUAUUUUUUAUUAUUGUUUAAUUUUAGUUUUAAUUUUUUGGGUUCACGGUUUAUUUAAAUAAGAAGUCUUAAAGACUUUAAAUUUAUUUUGAAAUAUGUGAUAACACAUUUUUGUCUGAUAUUUUUAAUAUUCAAAUAGAUAAUAUUAUAAAAAUAA